UCUCACGUCUUUGUUUCGGAAUAGGGGCACGUGACAGUGAAGUGGAUUUUGUUAAAAUGUAUUGCGUACACAGACUCCAAGCUAAACGACAGGAGAGAGAGGAAGAACAUUGCAGUUUGUCUAUAAGAAUACCAACUCUGCAAGAAUAAGUUAAACCUAUCGUGAAAAAAACAAAAACACUUGCAUCCAAGAUACAAGCCUGAAGGAUGAAGAUAAAAUCGUUCCUGUUGUUUCUCAUACUGAUUCAGGAAGCCUGUGGGAAUGUUUGUUCAUCAGUGACAAGCGUGUGUAGUUGCGAUGUCAACAACUACCCACCUGUGACCGAUGUAGACUGCAUAAACCUAGGCUUAACUACCAUACCUGUUAUUUUUAGUUCGGAAACACAAGGUACAGUUAGCAGGCUAUCUCUGGAUAAUAACAGCCUAACCAUCCUCCCCGCAAACGCAUUCCAAAACAUGCGACUACUAAACGUGUCACGUCUACAACUUCGACAUAACCGAAUACGGACGAUUGAAAAGAAUGCAUUCUCUAACUUAGAGACUCUAGAAUACCUCUAUCUAGACUAUAAUGAACUGAUAAAUAUACCCGGAGAAUCACUGCUUCCCGAGUUGUCUUCUCUGAUUGAAUUGCAUGUUAGUUUUAAUCAAAUCCGCUCCUUACUAGCACGGGAUUUCCAAGGUGCUGGGAGGGCACUGGCGGUUGUGACGCUGAAUGGCAAUGAGAUUGCGACCGUCUCACCUACAGCAUUUGUUCACAUCGGGACAAGUUUGCGGGGUCUGGAUCUUCGAGAAAAUCAAAUUGCUGAACUUGACUACUGUACUUUUAAAAUUUUGCCCAAUCUGCGAUAUGUUUUUCUCGAUAUGAAUCCUAUCGUUGCCGCGAGACAGUGCCCGUGCGUUCUGCAGUGGUUAUACGUAAAUGGUAGCGUCAAGCUAGCAACGUCUUUCUCUCUGGGUUUUCGGAUUGCGUUAGAGUGUAGGGCAAACCCCUUAUCCAAAUGUAGCAUAAUGCCAGAUAACUGCACUUCCCAUGAAACAGCCAGUCUCAUGAUGGACCGAACGACUGAUAUCAACAUUUCCCACACCACGGUUUCCAAUAUUGCAUCAAUCAGAAUAGGAGCUGACGUCACAUCAAGUAAUACUAACCCCACCACAGCAUCAGCAACAAAUGAACCCGGCAUAAUUUCUCUAGAUCCACAUUUAUUAAUUGUGGUCCCCAUAAUAGCUGGGUUUUGUUUUUUGAUGCUUCUUUUUGUUGGCAUUUUCUGCAUUUCCAAAUGUUGCGGGUGUCGAAAGGCAGACCUCAUAGUCCAUGGUAAAAAUAAAGGUCGUGACGAAUCUGGAUUUGGAGGUCAAGGUCACGGAAACUAUGAAGAUCAGAAAGGACAGUUUCAAAAUGAUCUUGAGCUACAUGAAGUAACCGCCUCUCACAACCAAGUGUGUAAUAAUAACUACCAGGCUUUGCUCAGAGCACGCGGUGAAGGUCAAACUGAAGGUGAAGGUCGCAGUGAAGGUGAAGUUGAUUACCAGUUUUUACUAAAAAGUCAGAAUGAAGGUAAAAUUAGAGUUUGUGAUCAGGACCGAGGCCAAGGACAAAUAGAUGUACAUAGUUAUUCCAACCAGUAUGAGUCUAUUCUUCCCUCUGAUCAUACCGCUCAUAAUUACCAGUCUUUACUUAGAGGUCAAGGUGAAGGUAAAGGUCAGGAACAAGGAGAAGUUCCAGGUCAAGGAUAUUAUAAUCAAAUCGAGCAUGAGCCCCAUGUUUCCUGUGGUGAUUUAGAAAAUAAAACGUAUGAUUACUCGUACAUCGGUUCAAAAGACCACGGCAUCCCCCUGGGACAGAGAGACGGUUCUUACUGUUACGUUGUUGAUAGCAUUUAUGAAAAUGACAUUGGUGCUGCCAGUUUGACGGAAAAUAUCUCACACAUUUAGAACUUCAACCAUUAGACGCUGAUGAUGUAAAUUACAGUUUGUUGUAUAGAUCUGCUUUAUUAUUUUAUAUUGAUUAAAUAGUUGGGGAGGUAAUAUGUAUUUUCUCAUUCUUUGGCCGCUUUAUAUAGACAAUGGUAAUAGAACUAUGAGAUUGUAAAAGGAAUGUAGUGUGUACAGGUGGUACUUAAUAAACCGUAAGUGACAUAAAGGAAAACUGGCUUAUAUAUGGCAAUAACUACACCUGGAACAUCACCCACAGCGUCAUAAACCGUAAUUGACCUGGUUUAGUUGUAAAUGACGUCGCAAGUUGCCUUAUUUGAAAGUUGCGUGUACAAACCCAACAGUGAGGGUGAGACUAGUUCAGGUGAAGAGGAUAUAUAUUUCCACACGUUUUAAACUGUGAACAUUUAACUUGCAACUGUUAAGAUGCAUGUAUACAGGUAGCAUAAUUGUGUUUACUUAUUUUAACUUGUCAACCUUUGGGAUGCUUGUAAGCCUAUUUAUGUAGCUUAAUUAUGUUAACUUCUCUCUUUAUUUAAAGAAAUGUUGUUUUCGAAAGAUAUCGUUUUCUUUAUCUGAACAACAGUGGAAUUCGAAGUUAAUUCGAAGAGUCCCUCCCCCCCCUCUCUAACUUCCCCCCUUCUAUCUCUCUCGCCUUUAAAAAACUUGUACAUAUGGACAAAUAAAUGUAAAUAGGUUUAUUAAACAAUCUGAACACAA